UGGGCACCCUGUGCAACCUUCAGUUGAAACAGAUCAUCAAACUCAAGACUUUGAGGAUGGCGCGCUCACUGACAGACUAUGUGGAGUUUGAAGGCUUUAGGCGGGAAGUCAAGGCCUGGUUUCCCGUACUCAAGGUAAAUGACGAUGCAGAUAUUACUGCCGGUGGUUUUAUUGUGCGUUUUACGGGGUGGGUGGGUGGGUGGGUGUGGGGGGGGGGGAUGAGCUAACCUUGUUAACGAUGGUUAAGAGACUUGGAAGCUGGAGUGUUGACUUUGGUAUUACAAGAAAGCAAGUCUGCAACAUAGCUGAAAUGUUGACAGAUAAGAGAUCGGGGGGGGGGGUCGUAUUUAUAGGGUGGUAGAUACAUAAAUUUAUUUAAACUCUAUUAAUGACUAACCGGUGUUUUGACAAAAAGAUUGGCGGCUGAGAGGAUACACAAAACAGAGUCUAGUGAGCUCAAGGAUAAUAGCUUAUAAAUGUGGCCGCCUGGACUCUCGAAUAGCAACGAGGUUAACACGGGAUCUUGUUUUAUUGUUUCAUUGUAAUGUUCAGUCUUGACGUGCGGCCGUCCGCGAGGUACGUCUCGCCAUUUUUUUUUGGGGGGGGGCAAUUUUACCCCUUCCCCUUUCCGUCACAAUCUGUCACCAAUCUUGGACAGACCUCCUUCCCCCGUCGUAAGUACGUCAACUUUCGAACUAAAAUGUGUUUAAAAAACGAACAACUAAUUAAUAUAACGAUAUCAUAAGAUUGACAUCUCCUCUCGGAAUAUAUCCAUCGCAAUAGAAAUUUAAAUGGCACUGCAAAUUUCAUGUUUACAUGCAUACGAAUCAAAUGUGCGACGUAACAUAUGAUCUUUCUCAAUCGUCACAUGUUCUUAGACCCUCUCCCCUCACCCCCUUCUUUCCCAAGUGUGACCCCCCUACCCCGUUCAAAUAUUUAGAAAAAUCUUCAGUUAAAAUCGUUAUUAUGCUAAUUAUUCAACGCGUUCAUUAAACAUCAGCUCAUCUUUGCUAAUGAAUGGGUCAUGUCUCCUCUAUCGCUAGGGAAACAUUGAAAGCAUGGUCAAAUUCAGGUCAUGUCUUCUCUAUCGCUAGGGAAACAUUGAAAGCAUGGUCAAAUUCAGGUCAUGUCUCCUCUAUCGCUAGGGAAACAUUGAAAGCAUGGUCAAAUUCAGGUCAUGUCUCCUCUAUCGCUAGGGAAACAUUGAGAGCAUGGCCAAAUUCAGUUCCUAUUUCUGAAUCUUACCUUCUCGCCAUACUUCUUUUUUCAAAACAGGAAAUGAAACUAGACUUCCACAUCCGGGCAGAAAGCGCGCCAAAUCACAGUGCCUGGAAUGAAUACGUCUUCAUCAUAGCAGACACGGCUGGGAUUGUGGACAGCGAGGAGGACAAGUACAACAUUUCUGACAAUAUCAGUACCAAUAACAAUAACAACAGACGGGUGCGCACACGGAGUAAGCUGAGAUCAAAUCCCAGCGACCCGGCGCUCCGCCCAGUGGCACUCCGCCCAGUGGCACUCCGCCCAGUGGCACACAUACGUUCCCGGGAAAGACCGCGUUGGCUCAAAAAUCGGAUCAUUGUUUCGUGUCAUUUCACCCCUGAACGUGUUCGUCGUGUUUACAUUCGCCGAUUUUAUUUUUAAUGUCGUCCUUAAAAUACAUUUGUUAGGUUAGUAAAGUGGCCUUCCAAUCAUUCAAAUACAGGGUGCUGGGUUAGUAAAGUGGCCUUCAAACCAUUCAAUUACAGGGUGCUACGUUAGUAAAGUGGUCUUCCAAUAAUUCAAAUACAGGGUGCUAGGUUAAUAAAGUGGCCUUCCAAUCAUUCAAUUACAGGGUGUUAGGUUAGUAAAGUGGCCUUCCAAUCAUUCAAAUACAGGGUGCUGCGUUAGUAAAGUGGCCUUCCAAUCA